AUGGCCCCGAUCCACGUUGGUGCUCUGGUCUUCGAUUACCAGACAAUCGAUGUCAUUGGACCAUGCGAUCUGAUCAAUUCCGCGAGUAAAAUGCUUAUGGAGGGCAUCAAUCGCUAUACCCCCGUGGAUCCAGCCAUUCUGGCAAAGGCGCCUGACUUCGUAUUCCAUCAUAUUGGAGAGACCCUGGAGCCAGUACACCAGCUUACAAGUUCUGUGACCAUGGUACCUACGGUCGCUGUGGAUGACGUCCCCGAAUUGGAUAUCCUCCUCGUCGGUGGGGAUAGCCCUGCGAGGACCAAUCUUCCUCCGAAGUUGCAGGAUCUCAUUCGCCGCCAUGUUGCUUCUGGAAAGUUACUCUUUACGACAUGUACCGGGUCCGCAGUUGUUGCGGCUACUGGCGCUCUAGACGGCAGACGGGCUACAGUCAAUAACCUCGAGUACAAUUGGGUUAAGCAGAAGUACCCGACUGUCCAGUGGACGAAGGAGAAGAAGUGGAUUAUUGAUGGCAACAUUUGGACUGGGAGUGGAGCUGUGGCGGGGAUGGAUAUGGUUGCACACUGGAUCAAAGAGACUUUUGGGCUGGACAUUCUUAUCCAAGCGGCAUUGUCGCUUGAUUUUGAGCCACGGGAUGUUGAUGGACUUUUCAAUGUCCUGCCCCAGCGAUAUGAUUCGACUGGAAAGAAGAUUUCGACCCAUGUCUUUCCCGACAAGAUCUGA